CGAGGCGCCUGACUCUCUAAGCCCGUGAAGAAGAGGACCGCUCGUCUCUAACUGAAUUAUCCAAUUUGCUUAAUGCGCUGCAACAACACAGACGGGAUGCCUCGAGGAGACUUCAACAUCUACUUUGCCAGCAGUCGACGUGGAUUCGUCCGAGCCGAGGAGGCAGUUGGUGUUGUGCUGCUGGUAAUCAUCCUCGCCGCUCUUGUUCUGCUGGGCUGCUGGUACUUUAAGAGGCGGGGCGGCUACAAAAAAAUCAGGAACACCAGGUCUGGGUCACCGACUUACACGGGAGGCCAGUACACGGAGGCCGGACCUUCUGCAGAGGACAAGAUGGCGCUCACCGACUUUAGCAGCCUGAGAUCUGUGAUGCCAAAUGCCCCUCCAGCCUACGAAAAGAUCUCCUCGGGGCCACACCCUCCUCCCUACUCCCCUUAAAAACAGGACUAAAGACGACAAUCAAGCCAGUCAAGAAGGAAACCGCAGCGCAAAGUUCAUCUGACACUACCAUCAAUACGGCU